AACUACACUUGGACUGAGAGAGAAGAAAAUGGAUUUAACAGCAUGGAGCUUGAGGGAAGCUUGUGGUGGGGGUUGGGGUUCAACAAUAGCAACUAGGCCCAACAAUGUUUGCUUUCUCAGGAUUUGCCAUAAUUUCUCCUUCCCGUUUUGGUCAUACCCAUUUGCCCAAAUUCCCUCCAAGUCCUUUGUUGUCCACGCCGGGAAGAAAAAUUCACAUUCCGAGCCAGUUUUGAAGCCAACCAUCGUCCAAAAAGUGUCAAUGCACGACGAAGACCACCUCCUCUUUGAUGAAUUUGAAGAUGGGGACUUGGGGAAUGAUGAUAAUUAUUUUGAGGACGAGUAUUUGCCAGAAGAUGUUGAACCCUAUGUUGGGGAUGGAGAUGGAGGAGGUGGAAUCUCACUUGCUGGGACAUUGUGGGAUAAAGAAGCAUUAGCAAUAGCUGAAGAGGUUUCUCUAUCAUUUGAUGGUGACUUGAAAAUAUAUGCCUUUAAGACAUUACCAAAUUCCAUCAUUCGGGUGCGCAUUGAGAAGUCCUCAAACAAGUCUGGUUCCCCCAGUAUUACUGAUAUUGAAGCUUUCUCGUUGGCCUAUAGAAAACGGUUAGAUGAAGCUGAACUUUCUGGAUCUAUUCCCAAUAACAUCUCUCUGGAGGUGUCUUCACCGGGCGUUGAAAGGGUUGUACACAUUCCACAAGACCUUGACCGGUUCAAGGAUCGCCCUAUGUAUGUGAAAUAUGUCAGUGAGGUAGAUGUGACUGGUUCUUCCACCAAAAAUGAUGGUGUUUUCAGGCUUGUUUCUUUUGAUUUGGAAACAAACUGUUGCAUCUGGGGUUUAGCAGAUGUUAGGGUUAAUAGGGAAAAAGCAGGGAAAGGAAGACCACUUAACAAAAAGCAACGGGAGUGGCGGUUGAACACACCCUUCGAUUCCUUAUGCUUAGUCCGGUUAUAUUCUGAAAUUUGAACAUUGACUCAUACAUCUUUGUACAAAACCAUAAAAGCAUAUUUGUACAAAGCCAUAAAAGAUCUCCCUAUUACAUUGUAGUGGAUAGAUUUAUCACCACAAUAAGUAUGAUUAUCUUCAUUUUCCAUAUUUGGUUCUCCCUUAUAGCUUUCUAAGUAUGACUAUUGACAAUUGUGGUUUAUGUCAUGUAUUUUUGUAAA